AUGGAAAAAAGUGGGGCAUCAGAGAAAGAUAUCUUAAUCAAUGCGCAUGCAUUUUAUGAACAAGAUGGAGGUGCACCAUUCAAUCUUGAGUAUGCAUGGCGUCUUUUAAAAUAUGAACCUAAAUGGAUGGGAGCAUUCACCAAAAAUUCUUCAAAGAGAACAAAGAAUUCUGCUAGUGGUUCAUACACGGCAUCGCCAAACUCAGAGACACCUUCAAGUUAUGAGUUAAACUCAUCAUCUCCAAUGGAGCGUCCAAUAGGACAAAAGGCGGCAAAACGAAAAGGUAAGGCAAAGGAAAAUGCAAAUGCAACUGAACCUCCUUCUAGUGUUAUUUCCGAUACAAGGAAUAAAAGAAUGGAAGUAAUGGAAUAUCUAGCACGACUUAAGGAGGAGGAAAACAAAUUAGUCGAGGAAAAGAUGGAGUUUGAAGCAAUGCAAUUCAAAAUGUCAGACACUUCUAAGAUGAAUGAUAGUCAACGUGAAUUUUAUGAAAAACGUUGUAAUAACCUAAAAGAAAAAUAUGGAUGGUAA